AUGAUUCCCGUGCUCGCGUCCCAGAAUAUAACGUAUCCUGUUAUUCGAUGGAACAUCCCUGUUGAGGAGCCUGGUCUAGAGGAUGUUGGGAUAUUCAACAACAACUUUUAUCACCCGCCUUAUACGCAUGCCUGGCUUAACUCCUCUCUGCCUGAAUUUAUGACGGAAGAUUAUGCUCUUGAUAAAUUAUCUCCUUACCCUGUUAAUUCAAGUCUCGAUAUCGGCAACAAUACGGAGGAGAGAGUAGAUGACAUCUCUGGUCAAUAUCCAUGGACUGGACCCACCAUUCUAUACGAGGCUGACCUAGAAUGCAAGGAGGCAAAUGCUAAUCCUAUACCCGAUGAUGGUAGCGGCAUCGUUCGUUAUAAUCUCACACCAAAGAGCAAAGGUUCCCUCGGUCGUCUAGCGACCUAG